AUGGACAACCUGACAUUCAGAUACAGCAUACUCUUAUUAGAAGGGAUGAAAGUUACUCCUCAGUCUGGCUAUAUUGCAUUUAUAUUUCUUUUGAUUGCUUACAUAUAUAUUUUGCUAUGUAACAUUUUGAUUUUGAAUCAGAUCUUGACAGAAAAAAGUUUACAUCAGCCCAUGUAUUUUCUUUACUGCAACUUGACGCUUAACGAUGUAAUAGGGACAACUGUUCUUGUGCCACGCUUGUUGAAGGAUUUUCUAACUGAUCCCUCCGCACGCUACAUCACUUAUGUGGAGUGUGUUUUUCAAGCUUAUUUUAUACAUUUGAAUGGAACGACAUCUCACACUAUUCUAAUGAUCAUGGCCUUUGACAGAUAUGUGGCCAUAUGCAAUCCAUUACGAUACUCAACAAUAAUGACCAGUGAAAUGGUGGUAAAAUUAUCAGCAGGUGCCUGGGGUGUCGCAUUAGUGCUGGUGGGAAUUCUACUUAGUCUGACUAUACGUCUGUCUCACUGCAGAUCUGUGAUACAAAAUCAUGUGUGUGACAAUGCUUCGCUGUUUAAACUGUCCUGUGAAAAUGUUAUGAUCAAUAAUGUGUACGGAUUAACUUUCACUGUGGUUUUACUUGUCUUUUCAAUAGGGAGUGUAAUGCUGACAUAUCUUAGGAUUGCUAUAGUAUGCUUUAAAAGCAAAAACAAAAAAACAAACAGAAAAGCUUUUAAAACCGUCACCACUCACCUAACUCUUUAUUUAUUGAUGAUGGUUUCUGGAUUUGUUGUAAUAUUUCUCCAUCGUUUCUCUGAAUACGCAGACAACAGGAGAAUUUUAAAUGUAAUAUUUAAUGUUGUACCUCCAGGCCUAAAUCCCAUAAUAUAUGGUUUGCAAGCCAAGGACAUAAGACAAAGCAUUCUUAAACGUUUAAAAAAUAAAUUAAGUGGUAUGUAA